GAAAAAAGAAGUAUAGAAUUAAAGAUUCAUUUAGAGAAUGAUCAGUUAAUAAUGUAUGGAUCGUCUACAGAGUCGGCUGGAUGCAUCUUAAGAGGUGUCUUGAGUUUAGAAUUGGAUAGACCUACCAAGUUACAAUCAUUAGCCUUACACUUUUAUGGUACAAUGACAGUGAGUUGGAGUCGACUGUUAGGUGGUGGCAAUGAACGAAAACAUAAAAAUCAACAAGUUUUAAUAAAUCAUACUUGGAUGUUUUUACCUGCAACACAACAAAAUAAUAAUGAUGAGAGUAUAAAUAAUGGCUUAGUGUUACUGGAAGCAGGGAAUUAUACGUAUGAAUUUGAAUUAGUUUUACCCGGAAGUUUACCGGAAUCAGCCUACGUGGCUAAAUAUUUUAUAGUUCAAUACCAAUUAAAAGCUGUUGCUGAGCGUUCGAGUUUCUUAUUACCUAAUUAUACAACCUGGAAGGAGGUACAUAUUUCAAGACAAAAGCUAUUAUCUUCAUUACUUACGACUGAUUAUUUUGAUCCAAUCUUAAUAUCCCAUCAAUGCGGGAACGAGCUUAAUUAUGCAAUAUCAAUACCUACUAAAGUUUAUAGUCCUGGCGAUACAAUUCCUAUCUCUGUUCAUUUUAUUCCAUUCACUUCUCAUUUACGAAUCAAAUAUAUAUGCUGCACUUUUAAAGAAUAUAUGACUUGCCAUGCUAUUCAUGGUCGAUUUAACGGUAAAAAUAAACUACAUGGGCGUGUUAUACAUUAUUUGCGUGAGGACUAUUAUGGACAACAGAAUGAUACACAUGAGAGAUACUUGGAAGGCUUGUGGACCUCAGUCAUAGAUAUUAAAGUUCCUAGUUCAUUAACAGAGAUACAAUGUGAUAUUGAUAAUGAUUCAGUCAAAGUUCGACAUAAAUUAAAAUUUAUAGUAUCUAUUGAAAAUAAAGAUAGGAAUAUUUCUGAAUUACGAACUAUUUUGCCUGUAGUAAUUGCUAUAGAUAACUCCGUAAAGGCAUUACCAGCGUACGGCGAGAUUUGGAACACGUUACCUUAUGAUCCAGCUCUAAUGAUGGCAUUACUUAGACAUACAAGUGAAACCUCAGCUAAUAGUAUUAUUAGGGAUAUUGGUACUAUUCGUCAUCAAUUUCCUAUUAGUAUGGCUAAUAAUUACGAGCAUAAUAUUCCUUCAUUAUUACCUUCUUAUAAUAGCAUUUUAUCCGCAUGAAAAGCAAAUAAAUAUGGCUUCAUUAAAAGUGCUCUAAAUAAAUUAGAGACGAAUUUUAUACCACUAUCUUUG